CAGUGAUUGUCAUCAAAUUGUCAGUCAAGUGGACACAAUAUCUUUAUCAAGUUUUGUUGUUUGCCCAUAUAAAUAAUUCAGAAAUGAAAAGUGCAGCUUUACUGAAGUGGUCACCAGCUACACCUGUUAAAAAACAAGAUAAUAUCAUAUCUUCGAAGGCUAGAGAAAAGAAUUUACUUGGGUUCAAACCAUCAUAUGAAAAUGAGCCACGUGAACAUAUGGGGCUCUUAAUGUCUAACGAGUAUAUGAGGAGAUGGUUUACAGAGCGAGCAGCAUUUGAGAAAGAUACCUACACUAGAGAGAAAAUAAUCAAAGAGGAAAAUAAGAUAAAGAGGAGAUUUGUUCAGAGAAUGAUGACUUAUAGAAAACCUACCAAAAAUCAAUUUAUUGAGGAAAGUAUUGCUAAGAGAAAAGCAGUACCUGGAAAUUCAACUCAAGACGAUAAGGCACCGAACUACGAAAAAAUGAAGUAUAAAACUGAAUGUCUGCCUUUGGACCAUGUAAAAAAGCCCCUGAAGACGGUCCCGGGAGGGAAGAAAAACUCAGGGGCAAGUAAGGAGGACAAUGAAUUUAUCGAGGAAAAAACUCAAGAAGAUUCUAAGAAAAGUCCCAAAAGUUGUAACGGUGAAAAAUCUAAUGUUCUAGAAGCAGAAAUUGUAUGUGGAUGUCCUUGUCCCUGUGAAUGAUCUGAAACAAGGCUUUUGUAAUUCCUUAUUGUCAUGUAAACAAGAGAUCUGAGAACAAAAACUAAUUUUCAUUCUUUGAA